AUGGCGAUACCAGCUACGCUACCUUCCCUGCCUCCAAGCUGGAUCCCACCCUCGGAACCAGCCUCCUCCAUUUCUCCCUUUGUCCAGCGUAGGCUUAUUCCUGCAGGCGCAGCCUACCUGGCUCACAUAAAACGCACACUUAACAACUUAACAUUUGACGAGCAUGACAAACAACUCGAAGAGGAACGGAAGCGCCUCGAGUUGCUUAACGCAGAUGGCCUGAAUGGGGAGGACGACCUUGGCGUCGGAGAUGAGGAAGAAUCUCCUGAACUCCUUCUGCUUGAUGCAAAGGAGUGGAAGAAACAAGACCAUUAUCAGGUCCUCGGAUUGUCACACCUGCGAUUCAAGGCGACGCCCGAGCAAAUAAAGAUUGCCCAUCGCAAGAAAGUUCUAAAACACCAUCCAGACAAGAAAGCCGGUGCAUCGCACACCACGAACGAUGAUGCAUUCUUCAAGUGCAUACAAAAAGCAAAUGAGGUUCUCACGAACCCUGAGCGGCGGCGCCAAUUCGACUCUGUCGACCCCGUCUGCCUAUCCCUCGAAGAGGAUGAUCCUUCUGCCUCCGACUUCAAAGGCCAAGAAAAAGACACUGGACUUUUUUUCACAACAUUCGCACCUAUCUUUGAGAGGGAGGGACGAUUCAGCAAAAAAUCACCCGUUCCAAUGUUAGGCGAGAACGACGACUCAAAAGAGAGCGUGCAUGCCUUCUACGAUUUCUGGUACAACUUUGACAGCUGGCGAUCAUUUGAAUACCUGGACAAGGAGGUGAAUGAAGGAAGCGAUAACCGUGAUGAUAAAAGGUACACCGAGAAAAAGAACAAAACUGAGCGCGCUCGUCGAAAGAAAGAGGAUAUUACUCGUCUCCGUAAUCUCGUGGACCUUACUCUUAAUCUUGAUCCUCGAAUCAAGCGGAUCAAACAGGAAGAAAAGGAGGCUCGGGAGGCGAAGAAGAAGACCAAGGGCGGAAUGAGCGCUGCUGAACAGAAGGCCAAAGCAGAAGAAGAUAAGCGUAAAGCUGAGGAAGAGGCUCAGAGGAAGGAGGAGGAAGAGAAGGUAGCACGAGCAGAGGCCAAAAAAGCAAAGGCUGCGGCAGCAAAUGCAGCUAAAAAGGCAAGAAGGCAACAGCGCGCCGCGGACGCCGAUGAGACUGCGCCAUCAUAA